UUUGACCAACUCGGGAGUGGGUGGUGGUGUCCAGCCAUUCUGUGUCCCCUGAGUUGGGCGCGGACUGUGAGGUGUUGCAGUUCGCUGUUGAGAUGUUGCGGGUGGUGAGCUGGAACAUCAAUGGGAUCCGGAGCCCCCUGCAAGGGAUGGUAUACGAGGAGCCCAGCAACUGUGCCGCCAUGGCCGUGGGGCGCAUUUUGGACAAGCUGGAUGCCGACAUCGUCUGCCUUCAGGAGACCAAAGUGACCAGGGAUGUGCUGAGAGAGCCUCUGGCUAUCAUUGAGGGCUAUAACUCCUAUUUCAGCUUCAGCCGCAACCGCAGUGGCUAUUCUGGUGUAGCCACGUUCUGUAAGGACAGCGCUACCCCCAUGGCUGCUGAAGAAGGCCUGAGUGGCCUACUUGCCACUCAUGAUGGGGACGUGGGUUGCUAUGGAAACAUGGAUGAAUUCACCCAAGAGGAGCUUCGCGCUCUGGAUAGUGAGGGCCGGGCCCUCCUCACACAACACAAGAUCCGCACUUGGGAAGGGAAAGAGAAGACCUUGACCCUAAUCAACGUGUACUGCCCCCAUGCGGAUGCUGGGAAACCUGAGCGGCUGUCAUUUAAAAUGCGCUUUUAUCGCUUGCUGCAGAUCAGAGCUGAAGCCCUCCUGGCAGCUGGCAGCCAUGUGAUCAUUCUGGGUGACCUGAAUACAGCCCACCGCCCCAUUGACCACUGGGAUGCAGUCAACCUGGAAUGCUUUGAAGAGGACCCAGGGCGCAAGUGGAUGGAUGGCUUGCUCAGUAACCUAGGAUGCCAGGCUGGGGCCCCUAUAAGGCCCUUCAUUGACAGCUACCGUUGCUUCCAGCCAAAGCAAGAGGGUGCAUUCACCUGCUGGUCAGCAGUCAGUGGGGCCCGCCGCCUGAAUUAUGGCUCCCGGCUUGACUAUGUGCUGGGGGACCGGACCCUGGUAAUAGACACCUUCCAGGACUCCUUCCGGCUGCCUGAGGUGAUGGGCUCUGAUCAUUGUCCCGUGGGUGCAGUCUUGAGUGUGUCCUCUGUGCCAGCAAAACAGUGCCCAUCUCUAUGCACCCGCUUCCUCCCUGAGUUUGCAGGUACCCAGCUCAAGAUUCUUCGCUUCCUAGUUCAUCUCAAACAAGAUCCUGUGUUCAAGCAAUCAACACUGCGACUCAGCAAACAAACCCGGAUACAGAUGCACCAAAACAAAGCCCGUGUGCAUUCAACCAGGCCUCGGCCAAGUCAGACUGGCCCCAGCAGAGGCCAAAAAAACCUGACAAGCUACUUCCAGCCAUCUUCUGAUUGUCCCCAAGCUUCUAUCUCAGAGCUUCCUAGUGUGGUUGCCCUCAUGACCCCAAAGACUCCAGAAGAGGAGGUGAUGACAAAAGUGGUGGAGGGGCCGGCCAGUGCUUCAGAGGCCAAGGAUGAAAAGGAGGUACGGACUUCUUUUUGGAAGUCUGUGCUGGGGGGGCCCUUGCCCAUGCCCCUUUGUGGGGGUCACAGGGAGCCAUGUGUGAUGCGAACUGUGAAGAAGCCAGGACCCAAUCUGGGCCGCCACUUCUAUAUGUGUGCCAGGCCCCAGGGUCCUCCCACUGACCCUUCCUCCCGCUGCAACUUCUUCCUCUGGAGUAGGCCCAGCUGAACCAACCCAAGGUACAGAUAUCUGGCAUGGUCAACCCUGUACAUAAUCUGAAGCUAGCUCCCUCCUAAGCUGCCGCUUUCUCCCCCAAGGACUCCUCCUCCUCUUCCACUUUCCUGAAGAACCUUUUUCCUCUUCCUCUUCCUUUAAGCCCUCUCUGAUUCUUUUUCCUGCCUAGCUCCUCCUCAUUGGUGAGCUUCUUGUUCCUUAAUGUGACCCAGUUCCCCACUCCACUUCCCACCUUCCUGUCAGAAGUGCACAGGAACCAGUUGCCCCAGGAAGUUGGUUUUAAACCCUUGUCUUUCUUGCUGAGAAAUAUAUCUGUGCCUGAAUAAAGUCUGUAUUUUUGUUUUAGUACACCA